AUGCCAGAAACAAGUUACCUAAGCGUUAAAGAUUUCGAUUCUCAACGUUAUCAUGACGUUCGUCCAUCUUAUCCGCAAUCUUUAGUGGACAAGAUUAUGGAUUAUCAUCAGGGUUCUUGUAACGAAUUAAUCGAUGUGGGUUGUGGAACAGGUAUCAGUACAGUGCUAUUCGCGCCACAUUUUAAACAUGCUGUCGGUUUAGAUCCUUCUGAUAGCAUGUUAUCAGUUGCUAAAAAGAAUUACCCUAAAUUAGAGUUUGCCUCAAUUAAUGGUGAAGAAUUGAUUAAAAGUGGUAUUAAGCCAAACUCUAUUGAUAUGGUAAUUGGUGCCGAGUCCAUUCAUUGGUGUGACUUGGACAAAGUGUUUGGUCAAGUUAAUCAAGUGUUAAGACCACAGGGCACAUUUGCAUUUUGGUUUUAUGUUCAACCAGAAUUUAUUGAUUUAGGACGUGCAGCACAUGAUUUGUAUGUUAAAUACUGUUGGACCGAUGAGUAUAUGGGAAAGUAUUUAACUGAUUACCAAAGAAAAUUUUUCACAAAUUUUGGCGGUAAUGACGUCAAUAUUAAAUUAAAUCAAUAUGGAUUUAAGGAUGUUUACCAUGAAAUUGUUAAUGAAUUCAAGGAUGAUGGACUGUUUACCAAUCAGACCAUCCCAUCAUUUUUAAUGGAAGGUACUAUUACACUGAAUGAUUUUAAGAAGUUUGUUCAAAGUUGGAGUCUUUACACCAGUUGGACAAGGGAUCAUCCAGGUGAACCUGACAUUGCAGACCAAUUUAUUGCUGAAUUUCAAGAACAAUGCCAUAUUGAUUCCUUAACUCAACCUUUAAAGAUUGAAUGGGCAACAUUUUACUAUCUAUGCAGAAAAUAA